AUGUUAGUAAUUUUAGUGUAUUCUCUAAAAAGUGCAUACUGCCUGCGUAUAUGUGGUGGAGGAAUAUUACUUAGAAUAGGAAGCCAUUGGGUGGGAUCGACUGCUGCGAAUGGAAAUGGAGAAAACGAAGGUGAUCUAACUCCACCUGAAAAACCACCAAGAACCAACUCACCAUACAAUAGGAGAAACAGCAUUUCUAUGCCUAAUUUAGAAGAUUUGGAAGCGCUGCAGCCAAGACAAGGGAUGGAAUACUCUGCUAGCGAGUUGGAAACUGACGAUGAACUGGACUUGGGUGGGUCCAGGAAUGUGCGAAGAAAAUCAAUAACAGUAAGCCCCAGGAUGCUGAGUCCACCCGAUCCCAAUGAUUUCCCAGGAAAUCAUUCACCAGCCAAUUCUAUCACUUCCGUCAAUUCAUUAGCCAGUCUACUUAGAGAAAAAAUACAGAAUCUACCUCAGACAAUACGAAAAAAGAAGUCCAACGACUACAAAAUCAAAGUGUUCGUAGUGUUCCUGUUCGUUGUGAUAAUAGUGUUAAUAUCCUGUGCGUACACGUUGUACAACCAAAAAAUCCUGGCCAAAGCCUACUUCGAACGGAUCAAAUUAAAUAAAAACAAUAGGAUAAUGAUGAUAUACAAUAACGACGCAUCCGAAGUUGUCCAUGCCCGAUUGGGUACCACCAUAAAUUCUGUUAAUGUUUUGCCCUGUUUGCCCCACGAUGAACGCAAUGGGUCCAUAUGCAUGGAAUGGAUGGACAGAGCACGGCUGUACCUUCAUUUGUACACCAUGCAAGGAGAUAUAAGGUGUUAUAACUUAAAAUGGUUAUCACUCAACGAACAUCUUUCACCUACAGACUGUUUUGAGAUGAGAUCAAAUUUGCACUGGUAUGGUGGUGGUCAAACACAAGAAUCAGCGUGGCCUUUAGAAAAAGGAUUGCACGAUUUUCAACCUUUUGUUACAGGAAACGUCGAACAUCACGAAUGGGGCAACGUACUGAAACGCUACUUCAUCAAUUCACGAGGCGCUGCAAUCAUAGUGGACGAAAAAACACCCCUGUACGUAUCGAUACAGGGUGACGAAAAGAGAGAAUUGUGCCUCAGUGCCAAAUACGACGAUUUUGCGUUCGUUAACAGAUUUGCUGUUGCUCCAGAGUUGAACUACAGCAUAUGCGUUGGAGCCAACAUGUCCGAUACUCACUCCAAACUAAGCGAGCAUACUCUUUGGGACGGCUUGAAGAAGGAAGAUGGUGGUAUUAUAGAAAGUCUACUGGCUGAACCUUUAUGGGAGAUCACAUCAGACAAUAAGCAAACUCUUACUGAAGAAGCCGUAUCCAACUUCACCGAGGAUGUCAUAGCUCUAGGAACUUUGAAACAAGGUCACGUGCUCAUCAACGAAUUCUGGCAAGACCAAAUUGGAGAUUUCCGUGUAGAUACCGAACGAUUUCCUACCCUGGAGAAAACCAUUGACAUGCUGAUCAGAAGAGGGUUUAGGGUAGUUUUCACUAUUCAACCCUUCAUAUCUACGGAGAGUUACAAUUUUGCUGAAGCAGUGAAGAAAAGGUUGCUGGUAUCGGAAAGGUUUAGUGAUAGAAGAAUCCCUGCUUUGACAAGAUACAAAACCUUACAAAGCGCUGGCGUCCUAGACGUAACCAACAACCGUACCAUUCCAUGGCUCCUGGACAAACUGAGAUCUGUCAUGAACAAAUACAAAUUCAACGCCUUCUACGUGGAUUUAGGGUCAGCCUACGACAUGCCUCACUACUAUCAGUGCGAGAAACCGCUGGUCAACCCUGACCAGUACAAGAGCAUGUUCGUCAACAGCAUCCAGAACUCCAUCAGCAUUUUCGGGGUGAGCGACGCCAUAGAGAGACCCAGGUCGCCUAGUUUCGUGGCCUUGCCCAGGUUCGAGUCCAGCUGGGACGGGUUGCGUAGGGUCAUACCUACGAUACUGACUUAUGGAAUUAUCGGAUAUCCUUUCCUCAUUCCUGGUGCUGUUGGUGGAGACUACGCAUCAAUUGACACGGUCAUCGGUCAAGUUAAUGGCAGCAUCCACGGCCUACCCGACCAAGAACUCUACAUCAGAUGGCUGCAACUCUCAGCGUUUCUACCGGUGGUCAGGUUCAACAGAUUGCCCAAUAGUUAUGGAGAUAAAAAAGUGUUGGACAGCGCUAUUAGUUUAGCUCUUCUCAGACAAAACCGAGUUACUCCAGUUCUAAAGAAAUACGCAAGAGUUUCUUUGAACUUAGGACUGCCCAUUAUCAGACCCUUGUGGAUGCUUGAUCCAAACGAUCCUUCUUGUCACAGCGUAAUGGAUGAAUUUUCUAUUGGGGAAGAUAUCAUAGUGGCACCCAUCCUCAAUCAUGGAGCCAGAGAAAGAGAAGUUUACCUUCCAGCAGGAGUUUGGAAAGAUGGUAUUGAUGGAAGUCUAAGAAAAGGAAGUAGAUGGAUCCACGACUAUAGAGUGGAAGAAGACCAAGUGGCCUUUUUCGAAAAAAUGCCAGACGACACCAAAUUCUAACCCAGCAAACCAUUUCAUAAAUGGUUUGAAAAGAUUAGUGUCUUUUUAAUAUUAUAACACAACUCUAAAAGAAAAAAAAUAUUUUACUUACUUGUCUUUUAUUUCUCAGAGAAGCAAAUAAUAUACAAAAACAAUAAGUUUCUUUAAAAAUAAUAAAUUCAUUUUGUCAUCUGUCAUAUGUCUCUACUUAAUACUGAUUUAGUUAAGAAAAUAAUAAAAAUAAUAUUUAAAAAUAAAAUGAUAAAAAAACAGCGUCAUAGAUGGCUUGGAAAUGAAGAUCGCUGUCAUAUUGUAUGUAAAAGUAUAUGAGGAUUGUGGAUUGUCAAUGAUCGUGAUUUUUCCAAGCCAAUUUUUUGUCUGGACGCCGUUUUUUUGUCCAGCAUACGGUAACAACAAAAAAGUAAUAGACUUUAAGUACUAAAAAUAAAAUAAAAUGAAGUGAUUCUUUUAAAAAAACAUUUAUGUACCCAUCAAUUUUUUUUCGAAGCACCCUGUACACUCGAAAAUAAUUUCCAAUUGAGCUUUUUAACGUUCCUUAAAAUACCCUGUUUGAUUUAACUUUUUUUCAAUUUAGUGCCGAAAAAUAGUUACAUUUUUUAUUUUUUACUAUCGCCUUCUACUAAAAAGUGGACCACCCUGUAUAGAUAUUUGUAAUUUUAUUGUUAUCUCUAAAUACUGAUCUAAUGUAGUAUUUAUGUUUAGAUUUAAGAUAACUAGUUAGAUUUUAGUGACUGAUUCUUGUAGUCUUGUUAUUUAUAAUUCUCUUUAUGAUAUUGUGAUAUAAAAAUUUCCUUGUAGGUAGUUUAGAAUAUUACUUCUAUAUUAGAAGACUUUGUAGAAAUAUAAACCAUUCUUUUAAUAAAAUACUUCCAAUUAGCAA